GAGUGGAAGAAACAGCCGAACUACAUCGAGGAAGACCAAGAAGAAGAAGAAGAAGAAGGAGGUUAGAAAGAAGGAGGAAAGAAGAACACGACUGGGAAAAGAGAGCCAGAAAGAAGACGAAGGAAAAGGAGAGGGAGACGGACGAGGACGACGAGGACGGCGACGACGGAGAGCGCUGCUUCUUCGGCCAUUUUUGGAAACAAGUCACGACCUUCUGCCCCAGGAACACCUCCAACCCUUCGAACCCUUCCAUCUCGGCCCAGACGCAGGAGAUGCUCUAGCCGUGAUUGGGCUCCGCUUCGAGUAACCGUUGGGUGCCCCAAACCCAUAGUUGCGGCCGCUACCCGCUGCCCGCUUCCCUCGACCGUGCUGGCUGACUUGUUGGCAUGCAUGCCUGGCCAUGGGCCUAGCCGUCAUCGUCCACCGCCAAGUCCAAUCACGUCCGGAAUCCAGUGUGUGCGCCUCUUGGGCUCAUUGACCGUCACGGGUUGAGCCAGGCCGGCCAAUUGUCAUCGAGUGCUUUUCAUUCCACGACUGGAGGCGGGUCAAGUUGAAGGUGGACCCUUUGGAAUACGUUGUACCCGCAUUGAGUUGCACGGCGUGUGGGCCCGGCCCUCCCCAUUGUUGGCAUGCAUGCAUGGGUGGGUGCCCCUGCGUUGUCGUCGGUGAUUCUUGACAAGUGCGGCGCUGCCUCUUUCGAUCCUCGAGCUCUUUUGUCUGGGCUGGCCCCUGGCUCCUAAUGGAAGAUUGUGGAUUGGCCGCCUUCGUAUGCUAACUAACAUUGGUGGCCAUUGCCACUCAGGAGAUAAGGGCCAUUGGAUCAUUGAGGCCCGCUAGUCUGGCUUGUGCCGAGCCAGGAGCUUUUGUCCAGCCUUUGUGUGUCUGUGUGUAUGAGAGAGACUGACUGAGUGGGCUCUCCUCCAUUAAAUGCUUCAAUCACCGCCUCAUCCUCAUUACAGUUGUCUUAAUCAGCGUGAUUAGAGUUGAAAUAUCAAUCAGCCACAUCGUUAUGAACUUAGAUCGAGUGAUUGACGGAAGGCCUGAGCAUCGAAUCGCGAGAUAAGAUAGCGGUCCGACCGUGACCAAUUGGGUGUGAAAGCCUGCCAGAUCCCUCUCCCUCCAUUUUCAACGCUCGUCAACGACAGCAUGUCCACGCCCACGGGGGGCACCCCUCCUUCCAGCGGGUCGGCGGCGGGCUCAACCCCCGGCGGCACGUCCAACACGUUUGUGGAUCGCAUUGAUCCCUUUGCCAAAAGAUCUUUGAAAAAGAAACAGAAGAAGAGUCAAGGAUCAUCUCGGUAUCGAACUGGGGGCGAUGUCGAGCUGCAGCCUCUACCCUUGCUCAAAGAUGUUCCCUCGGGAGAACAAGAAGAGCUAUUCAUUCGUAAGCUGAGACAAUGCGGCGUGGGCUUCGAUUUUAUGGACCCCGUGGCCGACCUCAAAGGCAAGGAAAUCAAACGAGCCACACUCAACGAGAUCGUGGAUUACAUAACAGCAGGGCGAGGAGUUUUAACGGAGGCAGUCUAUCCAGAAAUUAUUCGCAUGAUUGCUUGCAAUUUAUUCCGAACUCUACCCCCAAGUGAUAAUCCCGAUUUUGAUCCUGAAGAGGACGAUCCAACCUUGGAGGCCUCCUGGCCCCAUUUGACGCUGGUUUAUGAGUUCUUCUUACGCUUUUUGGAGUCCCCGGAUUUUCAGCCAAGCAUUGGAAAGAAGGUCAUCGACCAGAAAUUCGUGCUGCAGCUCUUGGAACUCUUUGAUAGUGAAGAUCCACGUGAACGAGAUUUCCUCAAAACCGUGCUUCAUCGCAUCUAUGGCAAAUUCCUUGGACUUCGAGCCUUCAUUCGCAAGCAGAUAAACAAUUUCUUCUUGAAAUUCAUUUACGAAACUGAACAUUUUAACGGAGUGGGUGAGCUAUUGGAGAUUCUCGGGAGUAUCAUCAAUGGCUUUGCUCUUCCCCUGAAAGCGGAACACAAGCAGUUUCUGAUCAAGGUUCUCAUACCACUUCACAAGGUGCGGUGUUUGUCUUUAUACCACGCCCAACUCGCCUAUUGUGUGGUCCAGUUCUUGGAAAAAGAUGCAACCCUUACCGAGCAGGUCAUCAAGGGGCUUCUAAAAUUCUGGCCAAAGACAUGCUCUCAAAAAGAGGUCAUGUUUCUUGGGGAAAUUGAAGAGAUUCUAGAUGUGAUCGAGCCCGCCCAAUUUGUCAAGAUCCAAGAGCCCUUGUUCAAGCAGAUUGCCAGAUGUGUUUCGAGUCCACAUUUUCAGGUUGCCGAGAGAGCUUUGUACUUUUGGAAUAAUGAAUAUAUCAUGUCCUUAAUCGAAGAGAACAACCAGGUGAUCAUGCCAAUCAUGUUCCCUGCACUCUAUCGGAUCUCCAAAGAGCAUUGGAAUCAAACCAUUGUGGCCUUGGUCUACAAUGUACUCAAAACCUUCAUGGAGAUGAACUCGAGGCUUUUUGAUGAUCUCACUGCAUCGUAUAAAGCAGAGCGUUUGAAGGAACGGAAACGAGAACGUGAGCGCGAGGACUUGUGGAAAAAAUUAGAAAACCUUUCCCUCACCAAUGCAAAAAAAGAAGGGAUCAAUUUGGAUUACCUCAACCACGUCAACUCGUCGUCAACAUCAACUUCGUCCUCCCAGCUUUCGGAUCACUAGGAUUUCUCGUAAAGAAGAGAAAUCGAGAGUAGCAAGCCAUCCAUCAAGAAAACAAGCCGGUUGGGGAAGAAGAACAACAUCAUCCUCGACUGAGAGGACAAUGCCAGACGAAUCAUUGUAGUAGGACUAGUAGGACAUUAGGAAGAUGUCUUGAACGACGUGGAUGACAUCAACAGCAACAACAACAACAACGACGCCUUCAAGAUGGUCAACAGAGAUAGCUGUCUAUCAUCAUCGGCUAUGGGACAAAAACCACAGCGCGGACCGACUUCCAAAAAUACCUCCCCCCCUCCCUUCCCGCUCCGCUCCUCAUUUUACCGUACCUCCCCUGCUUCCUCAUCGACCCUGCGCACUCCUGACCAAGCGAUGCGAGCCAUGUGCAACAUUAAAAAAAAGAAAGAACUCGAGGAAAAGCAAAAGAAUGCCGAUAUCGCAGAUGUGCAUUGUUCUACCUGAAUGCUUACUGGGGCCUCAAAUUUGAGGGCAAGAGUCUCGAAGACUGUCUUUCUUCUCUGCUUUAACAUCCGGCUUUGUGCCAUGUCCUUCUAUCUCUAAAAAUCCCUUCUCCCUCGACCUUUCUUUCCCUCAAGCUUUGUUCUGCUCCUAAACAACUUUGGUUGGCACGUCCUUGGAUGCCAAAUUUGAUUGAGUGCAGUGUGGGCUGAUAAGAUCAUUUGUGUCCCAAUGCUAAAAUUACAAUUAUUAUUAUUAUUAUUACUACUACCAUUACUUCUACUACUACUACAACAACAACUAUCGUUACAAUUAUUAUGAUUAUUAUUAUCAUCAGCACCACCACUACUGCUACUACUACUACACUUACUACUACGAAACGAACGCAACCGUUGCUACUCUCAUCAGUGAUCAAAGCCUUGUGAAGCUAGUCUCGUCAUAACUAAGGUACUACUAAAACCCAAGUGUGUAUGAAUGGGUGGUAAAGAAUGGACAUCGUGCGCAAGUGCUUGAAUAAGUGCUACUAUUCACAAGCAAAAGCCCACAGCAACUAAUACAACAUCAGCAACAACAACUGUAUCAAGUCGAGGAGAAAACACAUGAAGGAAGACGAAUUCUAGAACGGGGACUCGAACAUUCGUGUUGAGACCAGUCUUUUCGACCCCGUGCACCCGUGUAAAAAAGGUCACGAUGUUGACCAAACAAUAACUAUUCGGACAAAUGAGUGCUUCUUAUUUCCAUCAUCCCCGUUCCUUGCCUCCCUUCCUCUCUUCCUUCGUUCUUUUGUUCCUUUGUUCCCUCAUCUUUGCUUUAUUUGCCCUUUGAUUUCAAUGUUUUGCAAGGCCAACGUUUGAAAAGCCUUUCAAUACAUUCAGUUUCAUGUCUGCCCACA